UUGCUUAUGUAGGUAUACCUCGUUAUUCAUGUUGGGACGUCUAAUGAAUGACAAGUCUUCGAACUGUUUACUAGAAGUAUAAACGGGCAUAAUGUAGAACGGUUAUGUGAUAUUUAUAAAUUAAAGGAAAAAGUGAUACUUUAAAAUGUUAUUUCGAAAUAUAAGGAAGGUUGUAAAAUAUUCGUUUUAUAGUGGCGUUACUAUAGGAGGUACUGUUGUCGCUUUUAAGUAUCGCGAUGGUGAUUAUGAUUCCUUAGCGAUAGUAAGGCUCAGUAGAGCUGCAUUAACAGCAGUAAACAUUGGGAGAACUUACCAAUCUAUGCUAUACAGCAGAGAAUGGGACAAAGCUUCAAAAGAAUACAUUCAAGCGAAAAGCGAUGCUCAUACAAUUGGGGCGGCAAAACUGCUUGAAUUAUGCAAAGCUAAUAAAGGUGUGUACAUUAAAGUUGGGCAGCAUGUAGGAGCGCUCGACUACUUGCUUCCCAACGAGUAUGUUCAGACUAUGCGUGUUCUGCAUAAAGACGCACCUAGAAAUUCCUUGGAAGAGCUUUACGAGGUUAUUAGAGAAGAUUUAAAAAAAGACCCUGAAGAUUUAUUUGAAGAAUUUGAUUCAGAGCCGCUAGGUACCGCGUCUCUGGCACAGGUUCAUAAAGCAAAACUUAAAGAUGGUUCCGAAGUCGCAGUCAAAGUCCAACAUCACUUUGUAAGAAAAAACAUAAAGAUUGACCUGCAAUGGAUGGAAUUUAUUAUCAAUGUGAUGUCCAAAGUCUUCCCAGAUUUCCAAAUGCAAUGGCUGGUGGACGAGACCAAGAAGAACAUCACAAAGGAAUUAGAUUUCUUACAAGAAGGCAAGAACGCUGAGAAGGUUUCGGAAUUGUUUAGAAAUUAUACAUGGUUGAAGGUGCCCAAAAUAUACUGGGAGUACAGCUCCGAGAGGGUCCUGGUUAUGGAGUAUGUGACGGGCGGGCAGGUUAAUGAUGUGAAAUAUUUAGAAAAACACAAUAUCAGUAAACCCGAUUUAUGCACAAAGUUAGGCGAUCUAUACUCCCAUAUGAUAUUUGUCACUGGAUUUGUGCAUAGCGAUCCACAUCCAGGCAAUAUUCUGGUGCAUAAGGACCCUCAAGAUAAGGACGUGUCGGUUUACCUCUUGGAUCAUGGUUUGUAUGCACAACUGUCCGACAAGUUCCGGUAUCAUUAUUCCAAGUUAUGGCUGUCUAUUAUAGCGAGGGAUAGAGAUAAAAUACGUGUUCAUGCUGAACAUUUGGGUAUAGAAAAAGAGUUGUACGGCUUGUUUGCUUGCAUGGUGACGGGGAGGCCGUGGGAUGCUAUCAUGAAAGGAAUUGAUAAGUCAGGGCCGUCUUCAGAUGAGAAAACCACUUUCCAAAACGAGAUCCCAAAUUUCCUGCACUACGUGACACAGUGUUUGGAACAUGUAGACCGUCAGGCUUUGCUGGUGUUGAAGACAAACGACCUCAUCCGUAGCAUCGAAUACUCUCUCGGAGUCCAAGAGAGGAUGUGUGGCUUCCUCGUGAUGACGAAAUGCUGUACCAAGAGCAUUUACAAUCUCGAUUACAAGAAUUCAUCAUCACUGGUGAAGAAGCAGCUUUUAAACUUGAAGUACUCGUGGUCUUUGUUUGUGUUAUACAUAUACGGUUAUUGUUUGUAUCUCAGAAAUGCUGUCAGAUUGUACAGCUAAGAUUUACUUAUAUAUACCUAUUAGGUUCUUAGAAAUGACCAAAAAAUAUUUAUUAUCUACAUUUAAUUUGUUACAAAAUGGUCUGUUUUUAUUUUAAUGGAAUUUCAGAGGCUUGGAUUGGGCUAUGACCGAGCUUACUUCUGUGCCGGGCUAAUGAAAGUACAGAGGAAUAUUUUGUUCAAAUGCUUAGAUGAGGCAUUAACAAAAUUAUUUCUGAAUGCUUGUUAUAUAUUUUUAGAUGUUUUUUUCUGAAUGUUACGCCGAUUCCUAGUCAUGAUCAUUUUUACCUCCAAUGAAUACCUUCAGUAAUUUUUAACUUGUAGCCUUAUAAAUACAACUAUGUAAAUAAAAAAAAGGUAAUAAUCAAACACGUGCUAAUGUCUACACAAACUUUGUACCAUAGCUUGUAAUAAUUUAUUGUAAAAAUGUAAUUACAUAAAUGAAUUAAAUAUAUAUUUUGGCAA